GGGGCUCUCCGGGAGGGCGCGGCCGCGGGCAGGAGGGCGUGUCUCCGGCCCGAGGGGACCCUCCCGAGGCGCGGCGCGGGACUCCCCGAUGGUGGUGCUGCGGCUCCGGGAGAGCACAGGGUCUCGCCGCCGCCGCCGCCGUCGCCGCCGCCGAGGGCGCCGCUGCCGCCGCCGCCGCCGCCGCCGCCGCCCGAACCCGCGCCGAGCGUGCGCCUCGCCCUCCUCCCGCGCCCGCUCUGCUCUAGGAUGCUGCGGCAGGUUCUGCACAGGGGCUUGAGGACGUGUUUCUCCCGGCUCGGCCACUUCAUUGCCAGUCACCCUGUCUUCUUCGCCUCGGCGCCGGUGCUCAUCUCCAUCCUGCUCGGCGCCAGCUUCAGCCGCUACCAGGUCGAGGAGAGCGUGGAGCACCUGCUGGCGCCCCAGCACAGCCUAGCCAAGAUCGAGCGCAACCUCGUUAACAGCCUCUUCCCGGUCAACCGCUCCAAGCACCGUCUCUACUCGGACCUGCAGACCCCCGGGCGCUACGGCCGGGUCAUCGUCACCUCCUUCCAGAAAGCCAACAUGCUGGACCAGCAUCACACCGACCUGAUCUUAAAGUUGCAUGCUGCUGUCACCAAGAUCCAGGUUCCAAGGCCUGGUUUCAAUUACACGUUUGCCCAUAUAUGUAUCCUGAAUAAUGAUAAGACUUGCAUCGUGGAUGACAUAGUGCACGUCCUGGAAGAGCUAAAGAACGCUCGGGCCACCAAUCGGACCAAUUUUGCUAUCACAUACCCAAUCACUCACUUAAAGGACGGGAGGGCUGUGUACAAUGGGCACCAGCUUGGGGGCGUCACUGUGCACAGCAAAGACCGGGUGAAAUCUGCAGAGGCCAUCCAGCUCACCUACUACCUGCAGUCCAUCAACAGUCUCAAUGACAUGGUGGCUGAGAGGUGGGAGUCAAGCUUCUGCGACACUGUCAGACUGUUUCAGAAAUCCAACAGCAAAGUCAAAAUGUACCCUUACACGUCCUCCUCACUGAGGGAAGAUUUCCAGAAGACCAGCCGCGUUUCGGAACGUUACCUGGUUACCAGCCUGAUCCUGGUGGUUGCCAUGGCCAUCCUGUGCUGCUCUAUGCAGGACUGCGUCCGCAGCAAACCCUGGCUAGGCCUGCUCGGAUUGGUGACCAUAAGCCUGGCCACUCUCACUGCAGCCGGGAUCAUCAAUCUUACCGGUGGGAAAUAUAAUUCCACCUUCCUGGGAGUCCCUUUCGUCAUGCUAGGUCAUGGAUUAUAUGGGACUUUUGAAAUGUUAUCCUCCUGGAGGAAAACUAGAGAAGACCAACAUGUUAAAGAGAGAACUGCAGCAGUCUAUGCAGACUCCAUGCUUCCCUUUUCUCUCACCACUGCCAUGUACCUGGUCACCUUUGGCAUAGGGGCCAGCCCUUUCACGAACAUUGAGGCAGCCAGGAUUUUCUGCUGCAAUUCCUGUAUUGCAAUCUUCUUCAACUACCUCUAUGUACUCUCGUUUUAUGGUUCCAGCCUAGUGUUCACUGGCUACAUAGAAAACAAUUACCAGCAUAGUAUCUUCUGUAGAAAAGUCCCAAAGCCUGAGGCAUUGCAGGAGAAGCCGGCAUGGUACAGGUUUCUCCUGACGGCCAGAUUCAGUGAAGACACAGCUGAAGGCGAGGAAGCGAACACUUACGAGAGUCACCUAUUGGUAUGUUUCCUCAAACGCUAUUACUGUGACUGGAUAACCAACACCUAUGUCAAGCCUUUUGUAGUUCUCUUUUACCUUAUUUAUAUUUCCUUUGCCUUAAUGGGCUAUCUGCAGGUCAGUGAAGGGUCAGACCUUAGUAACAUUGUAGCAACCGCGACACAAACCAUCGAGUACACUACUGCCCAGCAAAAGUACUUUAGCAACUACAGUCCUGUGAUUGGGUUUUACAUAUAUGAGUCUAUAGAAUACUGGAACACUAGUGUCCAAGAAGAUGUUCUAGAAUACACCAAGGGGUUUGUGCGGAUAUCCUGGUUUGAGAGCUAUUUAAAUUACCUUCGGAAACUCAAUGUAUCCACUGGCUUGCCUAAGAAAAAUUUCACAGACAUGUUGAGGAAUUCCUUUCUGAAAGCCCCUCAAUUUUCACAUUUUCAAGAGGACAUCAUCUUCUCUAAAAAAUACAAUGAUGAGGUCGAUGUAGUGGCCUCCAGAAUGUUUUUGGUGGCCAAGACCAUGGAAACAAACAGAGAAGAACUCUAUGAUCUCUUGGAAACCCUGAGGAGACUUUCUGUCACCUCCAAGGUGAAAUUCAUCGUCUUCAAUCCGUCCUUUGUGUACAUGGAUCGAUAUGCCUCCUCUCUGGGAGCCCCCCUGCACAACUCCUGCAUCAGUGCUUUGUUCCUGCUCUUCUUCUCGGCAUUCCUGGUGGCAGAUUCACUGAUUAACGUCUGGAUCACUCUAACAGUUGUGUCCGUGGAGUUUGGAGUGAUAGGUUUCAUGACAUUAUGGAAAGUAGAACUGGACUGCAUUUCUGUGCUAUGCUUAAUUUAUGGAAUUAAUUACACAAUUGACAAUUGUGCUCCAAUGUUAUCCACAUUUGUUCUGGGCAAGGAUUUCACAAGAACUAAAUGGGUAAAAAAUGCCCUGGAAGUGCAUGGGGUAGCUAUUUUACAGAGUUACCUCUGCUAUAUUGUUGGUCUGAUUCCUCUUGCAGCUGUGCCUUCAAAUCUGACCUGUACACUGUUCAGGUGCUUGUUUUUAAUAGCAUUUGUCACCUUCUUUCACUGCUUUGCCAUUUUACCUGUGAUACUGACUUUCCUGCCACCCUCUAAGAAAAAAAGGAAAGAGAAGAAAAAUCCUGAGAACCGGGAGGAAAUUGAGUGUGUAGAAAUGGUAGAUAUCGAUAGUACCCGUGUGGUUGACCAAAUUACAACAGUGUGAUAAUGUCUGCUUGGCAUAUUUUCACCUUAGGUCUUAUCAAGACCAAAGAGAUUAUGUUAAUGAAACAAUUAAAUUCAAAGUUGAUCCCUUUUUUAAAGAUAGGAAACAGGCAUUGCCAAAAAAAAAAAAAAAAGGAAAGGACAAUGGGGAGAAAUGGACAUGGCAUAUUUUCAGUCUUUAAAACAAAAGAGUUGUUAUGAGAAUUCACACACACAUAGACACACACACGCACACACACACACACACCCUGGGAGACCUAUAGUCUCUUAAACUAAGAUCAAGUAGAAGAAAGCUUAUUAACAAGCAGGAUCCUUACGUAUCUAAACUGCAGAUGUUGCUGGCAUUGUGACAAAACCCACUGAUUGAAAGGUCAACUGCCAAGGCAGAAACAGCUUUAAGCAUUGUUCAAAUAAUAAGGCUUCUAGAACUUCUGUAGAGCAGUAGCUCCAGUUGUGGUCUGUGGUUUGGGGUUUUAGCUGUCACCUAGCUCCCUAACACUGAAGGAGAUGCUUGUGAAAGUUCUGACCAGCAAAAGCAAGCCAGAGCCUUGGAAACUGGUAUGUGGUAGAGUGGCCAUCACUCAUGGACUAAAAUUGAUUCAUCCCUAAAUUCACCCAGGUGAAGCAGUUUCAUUGUCUAGAAUGAAAUUAUCAUAUUCCGCCAUUGGUAUGCUUUUAACAUUUGUAUAGUUUGGUUUGCUUAAAACACCUUAAAACCAAUGACAGCUCCAGCACUGCAGAAUUGGUGUGAUUCUAUUUUGGAAUAGCUUGUCACUUGUCACCAAAUGGGUCUGCUUUAUUAGUUACAGCUCUUGGCAGGAGGAUCCAGGGACCCAAAACCACAGGGCCAAACCCAAAUACCUGGCAUGAUGGAGCAAAAGCAGGUGUCUACUUGGACCCAGAUAAUAGUGUCUCCAUUCUAACAACAACAACAAAAUAGCCAGCUGCUACAGCUGUUUGUGGUUGGCCCUACGUGCAUUUUUUGCAUGGAUACCCAGAAACAUCUGCCCACACAUAACUGAGGGAAAAAAAUGAACACUGAAAUAGUUAAUUGCUGUUGCUUCCAACUUGUAGUGCCAGUCUGCCUUUGCUGUGAAACACAGCUGCUCAGAGACAGAGAGGGGAAGAAGAUCUUUGGUAAGUCUACAUCCUGACACUGAGAAGCUUUGUAGAAGUGCAGGGAGAUAAAGGGCCAAAAGGGAGAUAGAUGGAAAAGACUGGAAAAAGUAUUCACUAAUACAAAUCUAUCAAUGAUGGCAGUCCAAUUCUCUUGCUAAACUGGCUGCACCCCACCUUGCUAGUCCCCCCGCACACCUUUUUUGAUGUCCUUCUACGUCAUCAUAGCAAGGCCCUUCUGUACAUUAACAAGCAUAGAUAUUUAUACUCUUGACUUCCAGUAUCUACAGAAGAAUGGUUCAUAGAUCUAAACAGAAAUGGUUUAGAUCUAAAAAGGCUGUAUACGUUGCCCAGGCCCCUACAUUUCUUUAAAUUUAUAAAAAUGAAGCUAAAACCUGGUUACAUUUGAAGCAAAUAUCUACAGUAUUUUUCCCCUUUAGAGAUGUAGCUUAUUUAGACAUCUUUAGUGGUAAGCAUUUCCCAAAAGCAUCUUACCUUUCUGAACCUUAGCAGACAUACUGUGCAACUUACCUAUCUUCUGCAGAAGAGGAAACUGAGACCUAGGAGAAUAAAGUGACUCACUCAGGUCACACCGCUAAAGGAUUUUCAUCAUUUCAGCAUACCUAAGAGAGGGCAGGCCAAUUUUCAGUAUUCUCAUAAGAUGGCUAUUACUCCUCUCAAAAUGCAUUUCCAAAGAAGGAGCAUAGGACUUUAUUGGCCACAGGGCAGACAUUUUUUUAGUGUCUUGGAUUAAAAUAUUUGAGGUUUAGGUUUGCCAUUGUCUUUCCAAAAGCCCGAAUAAUUCAGAUGUAACCACACCGAGUGCAAACCUGUGCUAUCUAUUUCACGUACUGUUGUCCAUACAGUUCUAAAUACAUGUGCAACGGAUUGUAGCUAAUGCAUUACACAGUUGUUCAGUCUCCUCUGCAGACACACUAAGUGAUAAUACCAACGUGUUAUACACUCAACUAGAAGAUAAUAAGCUUUAAUCUGAGGACAAGUACAGUCCUCACAAAAGGGCAAGUUUGCAUAAUAGAUCUUCGAUCAAUUCUCUCUCCAAGGGGCCUGCAACUAGGCUAUUAUUUAUAAAAUACAACUGAAGAGGGGAUUGGUUUUACUGUUAAAUCAUGUGUUGCUAAAUCAUUUUCUGAACAGUGUGUUCUAAAUCAGUCAUUGAUUUAGUGUCAGCCACGUGGAGCACCUCGGCUUAAAGCAACUCCACAAAACCUGACACAACACACACACCAAUUAAAUGGAUUUUGUUGAGAAUUUAAUCAUUCAAUUUGGUCAACCAGAAUGACUUCCAGUGGAACUUUGUUUUAUGACAGAUAAUAGUUUUCCAACUUGAUUGAGUCUCUGUAUACCCUGGGAUAUUGUAUUUUUUAAUGAAGGGCAUUUUCAAACUUGUCAACUUCUCUUUUCAGCACUUGAAAUGAAGGCUUAAGGAAUUCUGACUGUGAAAUGAAUUUUUCUAUUGGGAGAUUAUGCAUGCCAAGAUUUAUUAUUUAUUGUUAGAUAAUUAUUUAUUUGUUAAUACUGAUUAUUGAUUAUUGCUCUGCUGCAUUGGUUUAGCCCCACUAUGGAGAAGACACUUUAGAAGUAACUCAGAAUCACAUCCCCAUAAAAUCUAAGUCUUUACUUCAAGUUUAACUUUUUGAAUUGCUAUAAAGAGGGAAAAAUUGAUCCCUGCAAACACUUGAAGAAGCUGUGUUUUUUUCUUUCAAUUAAUUCCAACCAAGACAUUAACAUCCACUUUACCAAAGAAACUUACUUGGUUGGUUUUUAGUUGGUGUUUAUUGUUUGUUUACCAAAGAAAAUGUUCCAUUCAUCAAAAAUAUUUCUCCUGGUCAACUAAAAAACUGUGAUACUGGGAUUUUUAUGGCCAUUCAUAAGGAAAAUUUUUAAAAGUCAGGGUAAGGGUGAUAUUCUCUCAUUUAGUGAAACUCAGAAGAAGAUGUAAAUUCACAAGGAAUGUGGUGUUUGCAAGGAAGAAAAUGAUACUUGAAAUAGGGCAUUAUUGUUUAGCAUAAAGCAACAUUCCAACAAGCAUCAUCAGGGCUCCUCAGGUUAAAAGAAGUACAGUUUGUUCCAGAGAAAAAGGAAGACAAACCCUCACGAAAUGUUUCUCCAUUGUUCCAGCUCAUAAGUUUUACUUUGUUUUAGGUUUUGGAGUUUUUAGUUCCUUUGAUGUUUGUUUUGCUUUAAUUUGGUUUGUGUUUGCUUCUGCCUUUCCUACCUUCUGCCUUUUACUCCCUCAGUUUUCAUCAGAAGUGUGAUAAUCAGAUGCCAUCCUCCAUGGCCACGCUUAUGUAUGCGAUAUACUGCUCCAAAUGAGGCCCUUGGUAACCCUUAUGACCCUUUAAUUCUAACUAACCAUCACCCAGUCGUAAGUGGCAUUAUGGGACCAUGACACCACUUUUCUCCAGUGCCAAUGACAGAGCUCAGCUGUGUCCAUCACAAGAAAAGGUGGAAUGGGCAGCUGUCUUGGGGGUGUGGCAUGAGGCAGAACCUCUUGGACAUAAAUGUUAUCUUCCUCAUAAUGGCUUUAUUCUUUUGGAUCCUAUUAAAGUAUCCCUGUAGCUUACAGUAGUGUUUGACCUCUGUGACUCUGUUUUCUCAUCUGUAAAAUGGGGAUAAUAUCAGUAAAUAUCUUUAAUUUCAGCAAAUAAUUAUUGAGUGCCAAAUAUUGCCCAGAUACUGUUCGAGAGGCUGGGGACACAACAGUCAACAAAUCAGAUUUUUAAAAAUCUGCUCUUGUAGAGCCUACCUUUGAGUGACAUUGUAGGUAUAUUGUGGGGAUUGAAUGAGAUGAGAGUUGACAUUUGGAAAGCACUCUUGGAAAGGCCUGGCAAAGAAAAGAGACUCAAGACAUUAUUUGUAAUUCAUCAAUCUCGCACAGUAGCACUAGGGCUCGGGAUGUAAAGCUACUGAGAAGUAGAUUUGAGCCUGAGAUUAGGGCUACAAAUAACAAUGAGUUGCCACAGGAGGUAGUUAAUUACCCGUCAUUUUAGGACAUUCAAAAUAAAGCUAAUCACCACAUAGUGGGGCCAUUGUAAAGGGGCUGCAAGUCCUGGAUGUUGGCAUCAUACUAUCAUCUUUGAAAAAAACUGAUCCCCAAAAAAAGGCACUUGCUUUUGGGGAUGGGGAAUGGACACCACUGAUUACUGAAUAACUGUGGCAGGUUUGUCUGAGGGAAAGUAAACAUUCCCUUUAGGUAAUUUGCUUUUAAUUUUGUGUAAAAAGCACCAGGUAUUUAGAGACGUAAAGUUCCUAUUUUUAAAAAGCAUAGUAAAGCUGCAAUACAAAGAAAAAUAUUAAGUUAGUGGAUUCGCUGGCAAAGAACUAAGAAUGGCUGCAGCCAACACAUUGCAGAGUUCCUCCCUGUGGUGGUUACAACUGUUAUUUCUGUUUCAUGCCAGUCCAGGAGAAAGCAAAGAGGAAAGUGGAUGAGCUAUAAUCCGUUCACCUGAAUAGGCAGUGCCAGGAUGUCCCCCCCCAGCUUGCCUCUCACCCGCCCCGCUGCUGCCCAGGUGAUUUGUUUGAAGUCCUCUUUGAUGUCUAUGAGAGCACCGUCGAAGGAAGAGGAAGGGAGGCAACCGGAAAGCUAUGGCCUCUGUGCAGAUUUUUGAGUUAGAUUAAAAUUAGUACCAAUGUAUACCAAGGAGAAAACAAGCAGAGAAACCUUGGUGGAAGAAGUGAUGUUCCUGUGGAAUGUGCCAGCAGCUUCUCUUUCCAGAAUGCUGACACCAGAUGAAUCUUUGGUUAGAAUUAAGCCUACCCCUUUGUUUUUCACAUGAGAAAACUGAAACCUGAAGUAAUGAAAUUAUAUUCACAGAGCUAAUUAGAAACAGAUAUGAGACUAUAAUUGAAAUCUAGUUCUUAGCCUCAAUUCUUUCUCCAUUUUGCCACUUUACUGCCAAAUUCUAUUCAUCUAAAUUAUUGGGGUCUUAACCUGGGGGCCAAAUGAGUUCAUGGGAGGGGUCUCUGAGUUACCUAAAAUUAAGUUACAUGCAAAAAUGUGUGUAUAUGUUCAACAUGUGCAUUUUCCUAAAGUGAGGGCUCAGAUUCCAAAAAAGGUCUGUGACCGAAAAAGGGUGAAGAACCACUGUCCUAAAUUCAUACAGACCUCAUUGGGAGUGUGAUCCUGGUGUCCUCAUUUUGGCUAAUGAGCAAUCAAGAACUUUUGAACUGUCUUUUCUCUAAGGAUGCAAAAAUGCUUCAAAAUAUUGGUUUCUUCAUCCCAAGCCAAGUGCCUACUUCUAUUCAUUUAUUCUUCAUUCAUUCUUUCAUUCAUUCAUUUCUUUAUUCUGCAAAUGUAUUUUCAGUGCCAAUUCAUGUUCUAGCAGCAGCUAAAUAUGCCCUCCACAGCAGGACCAGGAAAGGAGCCCUCUGUACUGUGCUCUUCUUGGCAAGAGGAACACCAGGUUGCUACCACAUUCUCACUGUUGCAAAAAUAUAUAUAUAGCCUCAAAUUUUCAGUAACCAUCCCACACACACAUACACACAUAAAGGCAGCAGCCAACAAAGCCAACAUAUAGAAGUGUGCCCUGUCAAAGAACCAGGGAAGAGCAGCCUAUUUCCAGGUUAUAUAUAGUGAUAUGCUGCUUUGCAACUGCAUACCACAUCCUUGGAAGUGCUGCUCCCAAAUGAGCCCUACUCUGAGAUGUCGACACCAGGCAUGCUUUCACACACGUGCAGUACCCUACUCUCAAACAAGCAUGGAGAGAAUAAGUCUCAUUCAUCUUGUUAAUAUUUUUAGUGGGCAAAGAAGCAAUCAUGGCCAUGGACAGAUGGGUGCAUUUAAGGACAGGUGUGGCUAGGCACGGUGGCUCACGCCUAUAAUCCCAGCACUUUGGGAGGCUGAGGCGGGCAGAUCACGAGGUUAAGAGAUUGAGACCAUCCUGGCCAGCAUGGUGAAGCCCGACCUCUACUAAAAAAUACAAAAAAAUUAGAUGGGCAUGGUGGCACGUGCCUGUAGUCCCAGCUACUCAGGAGGCUGAGGCAGGAGAAUCACUUGAAUCCGGGAGGUAGAGGUUGCAGUGAGCCGAGAUUUCACCACUGCACUCCAGCCUGGCAAUAGAGUGAGACUUCGUCUCAAAAAAAAAAAAAAAAAAGGACAAGUGUGUUUUAUACACAAAUAUGCAGAAGCCCAGGUCUCCUGACUCCAAGUCAGAAGCUAGAUAAAAUAUAGGUUGCUGGAGGAAGUUGGAAAAUAAAUGACUAUACUGUAAUUGUUGGCUCUGCUGCUGCUGGUAUAACUUCAGGCACAACGGAAUCCACCUGGGUUGACCUAUGGGAAAGGCUGGGUGAAUCACUACUUGGCCUUGCAUGAAGCACAAAGGACACACCAAUGGCGGAUCAGUGGCCCUUCCAUCAUCUUCUGCCCAGCCAUGAUAAGGAAAGCCUUCUGUUGAGAUGGAGGAAUAUUAGCUCAACUUUGUAGCAUCUGAUGUGAAGUUUGAGGGCUUUGUUUUUGUUUUUGGUUUUGAGACGCAGUCUCACUCUGUCGCCCAGGCUGGAGUGCAGUGGCGCCAUCUCGGUUCACUGCAAGCUCCACCUCCUGGGUUCACGCCAUUCUCCUGCCUCAGCCUCCCGAGUAGCUGGGACUACAGGUGCCCGCCACCACACCCGGCUAAU